AUAGCUACUACACUUGGUAUCAAAAGAUUGAACUUGAGUGCUGGAGAUCCUUGCAACAUACGAACUCUAAUGAUCAUACAAGAAAAACAGGACGUUUUAUUGAAUUCCGCUAAAAAUAACAGCAUUGUCUGUGAUUGUAGCUUCAACAACAACAUGACUUGUCAUAUUAAAGUCAUAGAACUCAAGACCCUUAGUCUUCCAGGGAAACUUCCACCCCAGUUGGCCAAGCUCCCAUACCUCCAAAAGAUGUAAAGAUGGUUUACUGGAUCAUGGACUCUUUUAUUUUUAAUCUUUAGAUUUUUAAUUGUUUUAUAUCAAACAAUGAAACCCAAUUUAGUUCAAAAUCGAACUCCCCUGCUCUCUGAAGCUUUGAGUUUGGGGGGGGCGGGGGUUGAAUAUUGAACCAAGAAUUUACCUGAAACAUAAUAUGAAUAUUGUAUAAUUUUAUAGUGUUAAUAAACAAAGUUAUUCAAAAUAAACUUUUCAAAAAGUAUAUGUAUUAUUGGAUCUAGCAUAAGUAAAUUCUUUAAAUUUUAGAGUUAUUCGUUUAUAUUGAUUUCUUAGUUCCAUUAAAUGUUUGUGUUAAUGUUAUGUAGAUUUCCAUGGAACAGUCAUUUUAUAGAAAUGUCAAUGAACAUGUGAAAAACCAAAUCCGAGCUCUUAUGCUGUUAUUUGGAUAGAAUAUUUUCAGAAGCUUUACAACAAAAAUCGAUCUGUGCCUAAACUACCUCUCGGGUACAAUUCCAAUGGAGUGGGCUUCAUUGCGAUACCUCACUUCAAUCUCGGUCUGCGCUAAUCGUUUGACUGGGAAUUUACCACGUGGGUUGGAAAACUUCAAGAAUCUGAUAUACUUAUCUGUUGAAGCAAACCAGUUCUCUGGCACCAUUCCUGAUGAGCUCGGUAAUAUGACCAGCCUAACCACAUUGCAUCUUGCGUCCAAUUAUUUUACGGGAAGCCUUCCUAGCAGUCUCGGUAGACUAGUAAACCUUGAAGACGUUAGGGUAUGUGAUAAUAAUUUUACCGGAGUCAUCCCAGAAUUUAUAGGCAACUGGUCUCGGCUCAGAAAGCUCAGACAUCUAUAUGCUAGUGGACUGAAAGGACCUAUUCCUGAUGAAGUGGCCCGCCUAGAAAAUCUUACUGAACUGAGUAUUAGUGAUACGACUGGGAUAAACUCCUUUCCAUAUAUAUCGAGCAGCGCCAUUAAAAACCUGAUCUUGAGGAAUGUGAGUUUGUCUGGUUCUAUCCCUUCUUACAUCUGGAAUAAGACAGACUUAAACACUUUUUUGCGCAGAGAUUUAUCGUUUAACAAGUUGACUGGUGAAGUUGAAGCAGUAAAAGCACCCAAAAAUACCUAUUUGACUGGCAAUAUGCUAUCGGGAAACAUCAGUGCUGGUGUUUUCCUAAACGACGAUAAAUCUAAUAUUGAUCUCUCUUACAACAAUUUAUCGUUGCCAUCUAGCUGCCAAGAAAAGAGUGACAUUAACACAUACCGGAGCUCGAACUGGAAAGAUAAUUUAAGUGGGAUGCUUCCAUGCGCUGGUCCAAUCAAGUGUCUGGGCUAUCAAAAAUCAUUACAUAUUAACUGUGGUGGCGAAAGUGUGAAUAUAAAAAACUCUCUGGGUAAAAUCAAUUAUCAAGCUGAUAACAUUGAGCCUACCGCCUCAACAAAUCAGCACUCGAUUAACUGGGGAGUCAGCAACACAGGUGACUUUACCGAUGAUGGAAACGAUGAUGACACGUACAUCAUUUCAACUGAUUCACCAUUACCUGGAGAAUAUUCUGAUCUUUAUAAGACUGCACGUAGAUCUGCCCUCUCUCUUGUUUAUUAUGCAUUUUGCCUGGAAAAUGGAACCUACAAUGUAAACCUCCAUUUCAUGGAGAUUCAGUUUACAGAAGAGCUAUACAUGAGUCUAGGUAGGCGCAUAUUUGAUGUCUACGUCCAGGGAAAAUUGUUCUUAAGAGAUUUUAACAUCAAAGAGGAGGCUAAUGGGACUAUGAAGCCUAUAGUUCAAGAAUUGAAAGAUGUUAAUGUGACCAAUCAUGUGUUAGAGAUUCGCUUGUAUUGGGCCGGGAAAGGGACAACCCUCAUUCCCAACAGAGGAUAUUAUGGUCCUCUUAUCUCUGCAAUUUCGUUGUGUCACAGCCAGGAGCGACGAUGUGGAGUGGAGAAAACAAAACAUCAUACUAAUUAUCCCAUGAUUUCGGGGGCAAUAGGUGGCUUGGUAGCAAUUCUUCUCUUGGCUUUGGGGAUAUAUGCAGCUCGAAAAAGAUACAUAGAAGACAAGAGCACAAAAGAAAGAGCUCAGGGUCUACAAACGAAUUGUUUUACCUGGAGGCAACUACAAGCUGCAACAAACAAUUUUGACCAAGCUAAUAAACUUGGAGAAGGGGGUUUCGGAUCCGUAUUCAAAGGAGAACUAUCAAAUGGAACUAUCAUAGCAGUCAAGCAGCUUUCUUCUGAGUCAUCCCAAGGAAAUCGCGAAUUUGUUAAUGAGAUUGGCAUGAUUUCAGGUCUGAAUCAUCCAAACCUUGUCAAGCUAUAUGGAUGUUGUGUUGAGAAGAAUCAGUUGCUUCUCGUAUACGAGUACAUGGAAAAGAACUCCCUUGCUCUUGCGCUUUUUGGAAAGAGCUCCCAUAAAUUGAACUGGUCAACAAGACAAAAGAUAUGUGUUGGAAUUGCAAGAGGCCUUGAGUUCCUCCACCACGGAUCUACGAUCAAGAUGGUUCACCGUGACAUAAAAACCACUAAUGUGCUUCUAGACACUGACUUUAAUGCAAAGAUAUCCGAUUUUGGAUUGGCUAGGCUCCAUGACGGAGAACACAGUCACAUUAGCACCAAAGUUGCUGGAACUAUCGGAUAUAUGGCUCCUGAGUAUGCACUACGGGGUCAUUUAACAGAGAAAGUAGAUGUGUACAGCUUUGGUAUUGUGGCAAUGGAGAUUGUUAGUGGGAGGAGUACUGUGAAGAAGAAAGGAAGUGCUGAUGACGUCCCGCUUAUAAAUUGGGCGCUGACACUGGAAAAGAGAGGAGACAUUAUGGAGGUCAUUGAUCCGAUCCUCGAAGGUGAUUUCAAAAGCGAAGAAGCAGUGAGAAUGAUCAAAGUUGCUCUCCUUUGCACAAAUUCAACUCUUUCACUAAGGCCAACAAUGUCAGAGGCCGUGCAAAUGCUUGAGGGAGAUCUCAAAAUAACAAGUGUUAUGCCAGAUCAUGGUUUAUAUGGACAUAACUUGAGCAUCUCAAAACUGAUGGAUAUAGAUACUACGACACAUGGUAGUUCGAGCACUACAACUGGUACGACUGAUUUAGAAAUGAAAUCCUCUGUGUCUAGUUAUGAUCUUUAUCCAUUAAACCCUGAAUCCACCAUCCUUAAUUCCUAAGUCGUCACAAAGAGGCGGUGUGAUAUAUGGAACGAUCAUCAUUCUAUACACUAAAAACUAUCAUCCUUAUAGAGUAUUUAUUUCACAGUCACAUCUUUUAUAUCUACUACUAAAACAAUGUAUAUGCAAGGUUUUUCUUGUUGCCGAGGGGGUGUGGGGUUUAUGACAUUUAAAGUUUUUAAAAUAUAAUAUGUCAAUUGUGAUUUGUGUUAAGUACAUUUACUCUAAA